AUGCGCUUCUUCUCCACCCUCGUCGCAGCCCUCGCUGUCGCCCACGGCGCACUCGCCGUCGACCAGCAGAAGUCCGUUAUUGUCACGUUUCCCAAGGAGGUUUCGGCCGACGUCGUGGGCCGCGCCAUGGACGAGAUCCGCAAGGCCGGCGGCAUCAUCACGCACGAGUACCAGCUGAUUAAGGGCUUCGCAGCCAAGGCGCCGCAGAAGAUCAUCGAGUCCGUCUCGGCCUGGAGCACCAGCCAGUACAACGCUGUCUUCGAGGAGGACCAGACCGUCACCAUCCACAACAACAAGAACGGCGCCUCUUGA